AUGCGACCAUCACUGCAAACAACGUUUUAAAUACUUGUGCAAAUCAAAUUGGAAAUUCCCAUUGAUUUUGAGAUUUUCUGGAAUGAGUACAACCACACCGUACUCUGUUCAUUCAAUAUGCCGAGCUUGUCUAGAAUAUAUCGAUAGUACUGGGUAUGACCUAUUCUUAUUGCCAGAUCUUGCCAAGACUUUUACAGUAUGCACGUCCUUGCUGUUGGAUCCUCAAGACGGUUAUCCAAGGAAUCUAUGCUCCAGCUGCUAUACCAGAGUAAACGACCUCCAUGAUUUUCAGAAGCUCUGUGUGUCCUCGGUGCAGCGCUUUAAGGAAAUGGUAGCUAGCAAACUUAUUGUGAUUGCGAAUCCGAUUGAUAUAUUCGAGCCGCUGCCGGUGGGCAGCAACGAGGAUGAACUGUUGGCCAAGGAUGAGCAGGCAAACAAUGAAUAUGAUCCGUUAAGCCACAAACUGGAGUUGAUCAACAAUGAAGAGGAUGUAUUUAAAAUGCUAGAGAACGUCGACAAGGAUGCCGAAGAUGCAACUGACCUAAAACAUAUCUUAAGUGACUGUUCAUCCGAGUGCAGCCUCAGCGAGGAUGAUGUACCUUUGGCACAUCGCCUGCUCGAUCAGAACGGCGAAGCAGACAGUGAAGCAACCAGUGAGAAAAUGACCAAUUACAAAGCAAAACGAAGGCGUAUUCCUGCUAACGAACGGCAUCUUCGCCGCAUCAUCACCUGCCACGUCUGCCAGCAGAAAUUCAAGAAGCAAGUCAACUAUGAUGAGCAUAUGAAACACCACAACGAACUUUUGCCCUUUCAGUGCCAUGUGGAGCAGUGCCAGAAGGGAUUUACCACAGCUGCCGCAUUGCGUCUGCACGUGGACUACGCUCACACAAAGAGUGCCGCUGAGAUCCCUUGCACCGUGGAGGGCUGUAAGCUAGUGUUUCCGCGCAUGCGACUACUGACAAUUCAUCUCAAGAAGGUGCACAAUAUGUCGCGAACGAAUGUGCCACGGGCGGAGCAGCUGUGCAGGGAGUGCGGUAUGAAAUUUCGUUGCCCGGUGGCCCUUAAGAAGCAUAUGUAUAAACACACCGGCCAGCAGCUACCCUAUCCCUGCAAUAUUUGCGGCAAGGGCUUCCACAUCAACAGCGCUUUGAAGAAUCACCUGCUGCGACACGCCGGCAUCAAGAACUAUGUGUGUCCCUACUGUGGUGUGGGAAAAACUACUCGGCAGGAGUGGAGCAAACAUAUUCUCACCCACACACAAGAGAAGAUGUUCAAGUGCCAGAUCUGCGACCAUGCGACACACACAAAGCGGGCGCUGGACAACCAUGUGAAGAUUGUACACGAGAAGAUCAGGAAUUAUGCAUGCCAGUAUUGUGGCAAGACCUUUGGCAAAUCGCAUGCAUGCAAAAUCCACGAGAUGACCCACACGGGCGAGAAGCGUUGCGAGUGCAAGGUGUGUGGCAAGAAAUUCUUGUACACCGAGAGCUUGACCAAGCACCUGAAGAUCCAUGAGAAGAGUGUAGAACGUGCCAUCGAAACGUAUCGUCAGCGUCAGGUGGAGCUCACCAGUCCCACAGCUGAACAGAGAUGCACCGAAUCUCAGGGCAAAGAUGAUGCCAAUGCAGCUGACCAGCUCUUGAAGGUCUGUGCCGAAUCUGUGGCUACCAUUCCGCGAGAUCCGAGGCGUGUCGAGCGCGUGGACAUUUCGCAGCUGGCGGGCACAGUAGUGAAUCCCAUUCCCGCUGUCCUAGUUCCCUCCAAUACGCCAACGCGUAUCAACUUUGUGCAGAAGGAGGGCAUGCACUUCUGCCCGGGCUGCAAUCAGGGCUUCAACAAUUUGGGUAAUAUGAAGCGGCAUUAUAAAAGCGUCCAUGAGAAGGUGAAGGACUUUGAGUGCCGCUUCUGCGCACGGCGCUUCGCCAACUCGCAGUCUCUCAAGCAGCACGAGUGGAUACACACAGGCGAAAAGCCGUAUGCCUGCCCGACCUGUGGCACCCAUUUUCGGCAGGAGGCUGCUCUGAUCCGCCAUCAAAAGGUGCACGAACAGAAGCCACUGAAGCCGGCUAAGAGUCCAAAGCAAAUUACAGAAAAGUUUCGGCAAAAGGAGCUGCAAAGGUGCGAGAAGCGGCGCAACGUUGAGGCGCUGCGUCAGAAGAUCGCCGAGGCAGCCAAAGAAGAGCUGCAGGAGUUGGCCAAGCAGCGGGAGCUGGAGAAGCAACAAAACACCUACGAACAGUAUAAAGCGGCGGCUGCCGCUGCUGCUGAAAAGACUCGAGCCACAGACGAAAUAGAUCUGCCCAGCUGAGAAGCUGUGCUUCCACAUUCCAUUUGAAAUGGAAUAUGUUAUUGUUGGUUAAUAUUUAACUGCUAGUUAAGUGCAAAAUAAAUUUAAAUGAAAACU